AUGAAGAGAGAUAUAAGUAACAUCAAUGAAAAGGAAGAUGAUGAAAUCGAUGUCAAGGGUUUGAUCGACGUCAGUGAAGAUGAAGAAGAAGGUGAUACUGUAUAUCAUUCAGCUGAAGAUUCUGAUCACCCUGAAGUUGAAGAAGAAGAUGCUGAAACUGAAGACAAAGAUGAGCAAGUUUUUAACGAUGAGCAAAGUGAAUUUGACAGUGACGAUGAAUUAAAUAAAUUACUCGAAGAAGAUGAACGUGCAUAUUUAUCAGAGUCAGAGUCAGAUUUGGAUGAACCUAAAUCUAUAAACUUAGAUAUUCAAACAACUUUUUCCGAUGGGAAACCAAGAAUUAUCAAACCAGAAAUCGAACCAGUGUACGAUAGUGAUGAUAGUGAUGUCGAGACUGCCAACACUAUAGGUAACAUCCCAAUCAGUGCAUAUGAUGAAAUGCCACAUAUCGGUUAUGAUAUCAAUGGUAAAAGAAUAAUGAGACCAGCUAAAGGAAGUGCUUUAGAUUCAUUAUUGGAAACUAUUGAUUUACCCGAAGGUUGGACAGGAUUGAUUGAUUCUAAUACGGGAGGUAACUUGAAAAUAAGUAGAGAAGAAUUAGAGUUAAUCAAAAAGAUCGAAAAUCAUGAAAAUACUGGAGAUAUCAACAUCUAUGAACCAAUUGUCGAAUGGUUCAGUAGUAAAGUGGAAAAAAUGCCAUUGACUGCUGUACCUGAACCAAAAAGGAGAUUUGUUCCUUCCAAGCAUGAGGCCAAAAGGGUCAUGAAAAUCGUCAAAGCUAUUAGAGAUGGUAGAAUCAAAUUAGGAAAAGACGUUAAAGAAGAAGAAGAAGAACCACAGUUUGAUUUAUGGGAUCAAGAUGAUGAGAUCAAUGAUCAUGUUAUGAACUUGAGGGCCCCAAAAUUACUUCCUCCUACUCAUGAACAAAGUUACAACCCACCUGAAGAAUACCUUUUAACAGAGAAGGAAGUUGAAGAUUUAAAGAAUAAUGAAGAUAUUGAUGAUUUAAAGAAAAUCAUUCCUCAAAAAUACAACAGUUUGAGAAAGGUCCCUGGUUAUCAACAAGGUUUAAGAGAAAAUUUCGAAAGGUCUUUGGACUUGUACUUGGCUCCAAGAGUUAGACACAACAAAUUAAAUAUUGAUCCUGAAAGUUUGAUUCCUGAUUUACCAUCACCAAAGGACUUGAAUCCAUUCCCCAUCAAAUUGUCGACAACCUAUGAAGGUCAUAUUGGUAGAAUUAGAACUGUUUCGAUUCACCCUUCGGGUUUAUGGGUUGCAACCGGUGGUGAUGACAAGACUGUUAGAGUUUGGGAAAUUUUGACUGGAAGAGAAAUGUGGAAAAUCGAUUUGAAGAAAUGUGAUAUCGAUGAUGAAGAUGUUGUAGAUAAUGUGGAGUGGAAUCCUGAUAACGAAAUCGGGUUGUUGGCUAUUGUCACCGGUGAAAAGAUUGUGAUGACUGUUCCUCCUAUUUUCGGGUUCGAUAUUGAAAACAAAUCGAAUUUACGUAUUGAAAGUGGUUGGGGUCAUGAUACGUUUGAAACCAAAAAGAAGGACGUUGAUGAAAAUGGUGAGGCUAAGAAGGUUUACGGUAGAUGGUUACCUCCCAACGAUGUUCAAAAAUCAAAUAAUGUUUCUGUCAUAAUUCAGUUGAAACAUACCAUUAAAAAAAUUUCCUGGCAUAGAAGAGGUGACUAUUUUGUAACUGUUAGUCCAGAUGGAAAGAACUCUUCUGUGAUCAUCCACCAACUUUCAAAACAUUCUUCACAAUCACCCUUCAGAAAAAAUAAAGGUUUAACAGUUGAUGCAAAAUUCCAUCCAUCUAAACCGCAAUUAUUCGUAGCUUACCAGCGUACCAUUAAGGUUUACGACUUGGCUGCCCAAACGAUGAUCAAAAAGUUGAUGCCUGGUUCUAGGUAUUUAUCAUCCAUUGAUAUUCAUCCUCGUGGUGAUAAUUUAAUUGCAUCCUCAUACGAUAAGAGAGUUUUGUGGCAUGACCUUGAUUUAUCCGCUACCCCUUACAAGACUUUAAGAUAUCAUCAAAAAGCUGUCAGAUCAAUAACGUUCCACAAAGGUAACUAUCCGUUAUUUGCAAGUGGUGCUGAUGACGGGUCAGUUCAUGUAUUCCACGGAAUGGUUUAUGACGAUUUAAUGAGUAAUCCUUUAUUAGUUCCAUUGAAAAAAUUGGGUGGUCAUAAGGUUGUUGACAGUAUAGGAGUCUUAGAUGUUGUCUGGCAUCCAAAAGAACCAUGGUGUAUUAGUGUAGGUGCAGAUGGUAUCGGUAAAUUGUGGACUACUUAA